CCCCUUCUUCUCCCUUAAUCUACUCAUAGUACUCCCUCCUCCCCUCCCCCCAUCACCAAAACAAAACAAAAAAAAAAAAAUGACCUCCAAAGUCAUCGUAUUUCUACUCGGUUUAUGUCUUGCCGUCCCAAUCACAUGUUUGCCAGAGUAUCACCGAGUUACAUGGCAACGAGGAAUUGAUCCGGCCUCUUCUCUUCAGUUUGUGAUACUUCGCGUGGGUGAUUACCUGGAUUUCAUUAACCCAGAGGCACUCCCGAUUGCGGAAGUUGGUCAAACAGAUUAUGCACAUUGUACCUGGACGGAUGUUAAAGAUGAUCUUCCACCUGACGCUGUCGUCCCUUUUAAGCUUACUGAAUCUCGUACUUACUACUUCGCAGCUGAUCCUUUUUUCUGUUACAAAGGGUUGAAGCUUCAGGCCCAAGUUUAUCCAGCAUAAUGGACAAAAGUCAGCAGGGACGAGGUGGGAAGUCCGAGCUUCGUUGAAGAAAGCUUCACGAACAAAAACACAAUAAUAUGGUUGCCUUACUAAGCACCAUUGAUUAUCAACCGUGAUUUGCAGUUAUUGAUCCCUUCCUUCAUGCUGGUGCAAAUUUUUUUUUUUUUUU